GUUUUAUUCACAUUUGGCUUUAGGGCUCAAUGACAGUUUAUGCUAAUUCCAAUGUUAAUCAUUUUAUGAUUUUUAAUUAAUUUAAUUGUAUAAUGGUGUAGAAAAUGCAUAUUUAUCUCCUUAGAGCAAGUAAGAAUCCUGUCCCUUUUUUAAAGAUCUUGUCUAUCCUCCGUCUUUAUUAAUGUCACCAGUUUGAACUGGUUAUCUGUAGAAAAGACACCUGUCCACACCCUUAAUGACCAGUCAGACUGCAACUUCUCUACCAUGACCAAAGAGCUGUCAAAGGACACCAGGGGACAAAGCAGUUGAUCUGAACAAGAUUGAGAUGAAGCAGUCUGCAAUAAACAAGCAGUUUGGAAAGAGAUUGCUUUUUGGAGCAAUUAUUAGACAAUGAAAUAUCACUGAAAGUUUCCCUGCUUCUGGAUUUUGCAAAAUCUCACCUGGUGGGAAUGUAUGAUCUUGUGAAUGGUGAGGAAACUGCCCAGAACUACACGGGGGAACUAGUCACUGACCUGAAUAGAGCUAAGACCACAAUAAUAAAAUGUAUUAUACCAACAUGGUCAUGGAUUCAAAUCCUGUAAUGCUAUAUAGGGCCUCCUGCUUAAGGCAGCACAUGCAUGUCGGGGCACAUCUAAAGUUCUUCAGAGAACAACUGGGUGAUCCAGAGGAGAAUUGGAAGAAGGUCAUGUGAUCAAAUGAGAACUUUUGGUAUAAACGCCACUAAAGCAUGGGUGUGGAAACAUCAUGAUUUGGCGCUAAUUUUCUAGAAAAAGGACAGGAAUAUUGAUUCGUAUUCAGGAAAAGAUGAAUGGGAUGGUGAGAUUUUAGACAAAAUCUCCCGAUCAUUGACAGCAUUGAUGAGGAAACAUGUCUGGAUCUUCCAGAAGAACAGCGAUCAUAAACACCUCGCCUUUGGCAACAAAGGAGUGGCUACAUAAAAAGCCUUUCAAGAUUCUGGAGUGAGUCUAGUCAGUCUCUGGACCUCAGUCCAUCAGAGACUCUGUGGAGGAAGUUUAAACUCCAUGUUGCCCAGCACUGUUCCAAAACAUCACAGCUCUAGAGAAGAUCUGCAUGGGGGAAUGGACCAAAAUAGAAACUACAGUGCAAACCUGGUGAAGAUCAAAUAUUUGACUUCUGUCAUUGCCAAGGGGGUUACAUGGUAAACAAGGUUCAUCAGUGACAAACAUCACAGACUUAUUAUCAGUUUUAGGCUGGACAACCUAGAAAAUCUAUAACUGACAGAUUUUUUUUAGCAGAUUUACAGUUAAGCUUGAUGUUAAUAAUGACCCAUAUAGAUGUUAUUGCUAAAAUAAGUUUAAAGAUCAAUGUAUUUUUUUUUUUUUUUAGCUUUCCCCAGUGACUCACUCAAGGUGCAGUUUCUAUGGGAUACUGUCAUUUCAAAGUCAAUGUCUGCAACACAGAGGGUUUUUGUGUGAAGACAGACAAUACAGCUCUUAAAGCAGCCUUGCCAUGAGGGAAAAGAGGUGAUGGGACAAUGGAGGGGAAACCAUUUACUCUUCCAUGUGACAGUAUAAAGUCCCUCCUUGAGUUGUAUCAGUGUUACUUGAAGAGUCUAAAGCGGGUAACCCGUUCAAGAGCCAUGAAGAUCCUCUGAUGAACCACAAAUGAAAGGUGUUACUUGUCAGCCUCUCACCAUGGCUUCAUUCAGUGCACUAUUAUUGGUGUUGCCUGUAGCUUUAGCGUGUUCUCCCCAAAAAGCAGACUACGUGGUCGUUUCUUGUUUUCCCAACACUAUCAUCGCCAACGUCCCAGAGUGUCCGUACGGUUGGGAGCUGGAGCAGCUGUCCCUGGGUGGUGUCUGCUACACUGGAAUACACAGUCCAGGUUACUACCGCUUCAUUAUCCCAGACCUGACGCCCAAAAACCACUCGUACUGUGGCACACAGUCUGAGUACAUGCCUGGUAAAGAUCCCAAGUACAUCUUCUAUAACUCUAUCGUCUCAAACGACACUUCCCUGACGGUCAGAAACCAACCAGUCAACUACACCUUCAGCUGCAUGUACAGAGCCGCCUACCUGGUGAACAACGCCGUCUUCAGCCAAAGAGUGGCUACAGUUUAUGUCAACAAUGGGAGUUUAGGCACUUUUAGGUCACAGUUAUCUAUGAACGUGUUCACGAAUUCAAAGUUCCUCUAUGCGAAAGAUGCUCCUUACAUCAUUGAUACUUCUGAGAUUGGCUCUGAGGUUUUUAUUGGAAUUGAGGCAAAGGGUCUAAGCAACAGAUUCAAGGUUGUGAUAAACAACUGUUGGGCAACUCCAACUCCUUAUCCUACAGACAGGAAGCGGUGGAGCCUCAUCAUCAACAGUUGCCCUGCAGACAACACGGUGACGGUUUUUGAUAACGCCAAAGACAGCCACUCUACGUUCAAGUUCAACUCUUUCCGUUUCCAACGUUUGGAGAAAGUGUCCACGGUGUGGCUCCACUGUGAGGUCCAGAUCUGUGACGGAGAGAGGCUCGUCUGUGAACCGAGUCCGUGUUCCUCCAGAAGCCUGACAGAGGUUGAUCUGAGUGGGGGGAUUCUGACAGCUGAGUUUCAGAUUAAAGCAGGUCGAAGCUCUUCUAACAAAGGACAGGUACCAGGAACCUCCCUGUUCAUGCUGCUGCUGGUGCUGAUGAACGUGUGCUGUGAUCUAAAGGCUGGACUGUAGUGAACAAGUCCUAUCUACAAACAUGGAGGGGAGGGCCACCCAAAGACUCAGGGAGUGUCAAAACAUUCGUACCCCCUCAUUCAAGUGGCUGAUCUAUUCCUACAAUGUCACACAGCUUUUAUGUAGCAGAUUUAUUAACCUUCUUGAAUUAUACAAGUACUUGAUUUUAAUUUUGACAUUAAUAAAAAUCAUUAAAGAUGGUAAAGUAAGAAUAGCCUGCUUGUAGUUUUCAUAAAUAAACGUUUUAAAAUCAGAGUGAAUGUUGGAAAAGUUAAUUAUUUAUUCCACAAUUACAGUUUGUUGGGACAUUGACUGCAAAGUUUAAAGUUGCUUUCUUUUUUUUUUUUUAGCUUUAAAAUAUAAAAUUUAUUUUAAGUCCUAUAAAUGUAUGUACAUCCUUUGUCUAAACUAAUAUAUCUUUUAAGAGAUGUGUUACACUAGCACAAUGACACAGAUGUAUUUUUCUCAAAAAAAUGAACACAUUUACGUCAAUGAGAGACAAAGAAAUAUAAGAUUGCGUCAUAACCCUUUUAGCAAAUUGCCUAUUUCAAAUAUUGAUUGCAAAAUUACACCAAUUUAUAUGGAAAUGUGUGGUACUGCUUGAAUUAAGAAUGUGUAACAAUGCAACUACUUGAUUUCUUGAAAAAAAUAUUAGAGUAAAAUUAGAAAAACUAGAACUUUCUGAAACAGUCCAACCACAGUGAGAGUGUACCUGAAGUUUGUAUUUUGUCUCUUUAAACCCUGAAGUGACAAACCUUUCGUUCGGUUUACUAUCUUUUAAAUAUGCACGGUCGUCAUCGAUGAUUUUGAGCGGAUGCUCUGGGCCUUGGAGUCUGCAGCUUUGAUGCUUCCUGUCAUCUUUUGUGGAAAUGUGGAAAAGGAAAAAGAAUCAAUAAAACAGACAUUUCAAUUCA